AUGACAGGGCCGAGGGCGGUGCGAGGUGGGACCCAGGCGGAGUCGGAUGAGGUGCAGACGGUGGUCGGGUUCCGUUUUGCCUCGCUUGUGCCACGAGCUGAGGCGCUCGUGGGUGGUGUUGAAAAAGGCAGGAAGAUCUUUAUUCAGAAAUGCUCUCAGUGCCAUAUAGUUGGAAAAGGUGGAAAAUACAAGAGAGGACCAAAUCUUUGGGGUUUAUUUGGCCACAGAACAGGACAAACUUUACCUACUCAUAAACAAAAAAAGAAGAAAGUUACCUGGAGUGAGAGUACACUGGAGUAUUUGGAAAAACCUAAGAAAUACAUUCCUGGUAUAAAAAUGAUUUUUGCUGGACUUAAAAAGCAGAAUGAAAGAGCUGAUGUUAUUGCAUACUUGAAAAAAGCAACUUCUUUGUGA